ACGAGAAAGUUUUAAACAGAAUUCUAUUUCUUUUAACUCGUGUAAAAUUCAACGGUUUGAUUAAAAGAGCGAGAUCAACGUACCAUUAACAUAAGGCCAAUAAAUUUCAGCUGAUUAAUCGUGCUAUAUACCAUGAAUCGCAAUAAAAAUUGCUCAUAUAAAGAGACUUAAAACUCCUAACCUUCUGUGAACAUACAAUAUAAUACAAUGCAACUCUUAUAUAUCUCGAUACAAUAUUAUUUAUACAGUAGCAUAGAUCGCAUGAGCACAAUGAAACAACGACGUCUUCCCGCGAUUGUCGCAUGAGAGAUAAACUAUUACGAAGGAAUUUGAAUGAAAUGCGAAUGUAGGCAUAUCCUUUUGCGUUUGAGAUAAUUGAAAAUGUUUCGAAGUCGAAGCUGGUUCGGUGGCGGGCUUUGGAAGCCUAAGAAUCCCCAUUCCCCAGAGCAUCUCAAAUACUUGUACAAUGUACUGUCAAAAAAUCAGACUGUGUCUGAGAAUAAUAGAGGUUUAUUGGUCGAAACUUUACGUUCGAUAGCUGAAAUUCUUAUAUGGGGUGAUCAAAAUGAUAGCAGUGUAUUCGACUUUUUUCUAGAAAAAAACAUGCUUUCAUUCUUUUUACGUAUUAUGAAACAAAAAUGUGGAAGCUAUGUAUGUGUUCAAUUGCUUCAGACAUUAAAUAUUUUAUUUGAAAACAUACGUAACGAGACAUCUUUAUACUAUCUCUUGAGUAAUAAUCAUGUAAACAGCAUAAUAGUGCAUAAAUUUGACUUUAGUGAUGAGGAAGUAAUGGCAUACUAUAUUAGUUUUCUGAAGACACUUAGUUUGAAAUUAAAUGCACAUACCAUCCAUUUCUUCUAUAAUGAGCAUACCAAUGAUUUCCCACUGUAUACAGAAGCAAUUAAAUUUUUUAAUCACUCGGAGGGUAUGGUACGCAUAGCUGUAAGAACUUUGACGCUGAACGUAUAUCGCGUCGAGGAUGCAUCCAUGCUAGCUUUUAUAAGGGAUCGUACAGCUGCACCAUACUUUAGUAAUCUCGUAUAUUUCAUUGGUGAUCAUAUUAUAGAAUUGGACACCUGCGUUCGAAAUGAUGCCGAUCAUCAGAGUCAAAACAGAUUGUCAGAUUUAGUUGCAGAACAUUUGGAUCAUCUGCAUUAUUUAAAUGACAUUUUAUGCUUGAAUAUAUCUGACUUAAAUGAAGUUUUAUCAGAACAUUUAUUACACAAACUAUUAGUCCCGUUAUAUGUUUAUUCUUUGAUGAAAUACAAGAAAGUUUCGUGCCAAACACAGGAUGAAAGAAAACAUGUCAGCGUUGUAGUAGCACUUUUUCUACUUUCUCAAGUCUUUUUAAUAGUAUCGCACGGCCCUCUUGUACAUACAUUAGCGGUCAUAAUGCUCAUGUCUGACUUGGAGACAAUUCAAACUGGAACAAAUAUAGUUCUGGAAAAGUUUAAAGAUAUAACGUCAAACAAGUCUGUCAAUUUUACAUUAUCAAAAGAAACACUGGAAAAGUCGUUGGAAACGCUAAAUGAAACGUUACCAAUUUCCGAGGUAUCUUGCAACAAAGAAAGUGAUGUAAAAAAUAUAAAAGAGUUGGUUGUAAGCGCGAUUGAUGAAUCACAAGAAUUUAAUCAUCCGAGUACGUCUUCCAAUGCUGCUUCGACAGUGAAUAUCCCCGUUCUUAUAAACACACCAAUAAAUAGAAACAUUCCACAUGAAGAAGAUUUAGAGGAAAUUAAGCAAUUGAAUGUGACGGAUGAGGAGAAAGAACAACGCUUGGCAUUGGAGAGUCCCUUGAUAUCUCAUCAAAGUCAGAGUGACCUAUUUGAAUCCUUGGGGAAGAAACCAUUUUUAGAAACAAUAAUCAGCUCCUUAUUAUGCGCGGAAAACGAUUAUGCUGCGUUAUUCGCGCUUUGCCUACUGUACGCCUUAGCUAAUAAUCGAGGUAUAAGUCGUAAAACUUUGGAUAUAAUCUUGUCUCCAUUCCAUAAUAAUACAGCUAUUAAAAAUUCAUAUAAUGAAUUGCUCAUGGAUAGAUUGAUUCAUAUUAUAACUUUAAGCUGUCAGACCAACACCAGAGUGAGACUUGUUACAUUGGAAUUAACCAUUAAAUUAUUAACACAAUUGACGGUGUCCGAAGGACAAUGCCUAUUACAAGAGUCGCAUCUAGCAGCCAUUGAAGCGGCGAAAGAACAAAGCACAUCCCUGCUCAAAAACUUCUACAAGAGUGAAGAUAUUUUCUUGGAUAUGUUUGAGGAUGAGUAUAGUGAAAUACAAAAACGACCGUUGAAUGUCGAGUGGCUAAUGAUGGAUAGCAAUAUUUUAUUGCCUCCUACAGGCACACCUAUGACUGGUAUUGAAUUUAGUAAGAGACUACCGUGUGGUGAGGUGGAAAGAGCACGACGCGCGAUAAGAGUUUUCUUCUUGAUAAGAGAAUUAGCUCUGACGCUCAAUAUGGAAGCAGAAACUCAAUUACCAUUGACCAAUCCUGCUAAUUGUGUACAAGUUAACAACGUUCUUGAUCUAAAUAAUAGCGAUUUGAUUGCAUGUACUGUCGUAUGGAAAGAUGGUCAGAAAAUUCGCCGUUUCUUAGUCAUUGACGUUGUGCAAUUGAUUCUCGUUGAACCUGAUACAAGCAAACUUGGAUGGGGUGUCGCAAAGCUAGUUGGUUUUUUACAAGACAUUGAUGUGGCCGGUGACAAGGACGAUUCGAGAUGUUUACAUCUGACAAUUUACAAACCAUUAAAUAGUAGUACAGGCAAUCGCAUACCGUUAUUGUCGGCUAAAUUUAUUUUUGACGAUCACAUUCGAUGUAUGGCCGCUAAACAAAGGCUAACAAAGGGACGAAUAAAAGCCAGACAAAAGAAGAUGAAUCAAAUUGCAAGAUUGUUGGACAUUCCAACAAGUAUGCCUCAUUGUCCGACACCACCCAACUAUGCCUUGCGUGGUUUACGACACGAACGUAUUAUCGGGCGUGGUCAAAGACCGCAAAAGGAACAAGCAAGGCCGAUGUUUAUGGUAAACAAAGUUCCUGGAUUUGCUGCCCAAAUGCGUAGAGAAAAUAUUAGACCAGUGGCAUCGACUUCCAAAUGCGAUGAUGUCAGUUCGAAUGAGAAAGUUCAUGAAAAUGGUUUACGAUCUAGAGACAAUUCGCCUAAGAUGCCAAGGCCGCGAAGCGAGGAGAUUCCUUUGGAUGAUAUGCGUAUCCGCAAAGCUUCUCUUACGACGAAUGGGCUAAAUACAUCACAUAUGUGUCUAGAAAGAAGGGGUAGCCAAGGCGCUACUUGCUCGAACAACAAUGAAUCUUCAUCUAUUAGAAAACAUUUAAAUGAAGAAACGUCUUUUACAUCUUCGCAAGGGCAAGAAUCUAAAUCACGUAGAAAAGGUCAAGUGGAAACUGUGUGAUUACAACAGUAAAAUUAAUUUGACACAAACUGGUGACUUGAACUAAAUACA